UAAAAGUUCAAAUUCAAUUAAACUUGUCCCUUGAAUAAAUUGAAAAUUUAAAAAAAAAAAAGUGACUUUCAUGUGAAAAAUAUGAAGUUUCUUUUCAUUGUAUUGUCCCAGUGACACUGGGAAGGAAAUAAAGUUCCCCUCACAAAGUGAAAAAAAAAAAAAAGGACGUUCUGAGAGAAAAUGUUCAUUUCGCGACAUUCACUGCUGAAAAACAUCUAAAAAUGGUAUAAAAGUGUCGCGGGGAUGGUUUCCAGGAAAGAAGUAAGCCCCCCGGGGUGAGAGGUGAGUGGGGAGCUGCCCAGGGACACGGGCUACUGCUGGAGGCUUCAUUGCAUUGUGGGUGUCAGUACAUGUGACGCCAUAUCUGCCGGUGCCGCCGCUGUAAACAACAAAAAGUGUCUGAGGGAGACAGACAAGAGCCGCUCCAGUAGAUCUCAGGACAUUUUAUUUGUUGUUGUUGCCAGAUUCCUCCCCUGUCGGCGGCGGUCAUGUCUCUGGGAAUGUCUUACAAGCCCAACCCGAACGCGCAGCACCCCGCCAGUAACCCCGGCUUGCAGGCUGGGAGUGCCCAUUCCCCUUCGACAAGUAUGGCAUCGACUGCACAAUACAGGCAGCUAGUUAAUGACUAUGGACCUCCAUCUUUAGGAUAUACACAGAUAUCUAAUAGUAAUCAGGUGCCUCAGAGCAAGUAUGCAGAACUUCUUGCCAUCAUUGAAGAGCUGGGUAAAGAAAUUAGACCUACAUAUGCUGGCAGUAAAAGUGCUAUGGAGAGACUUAAAAGAGGUAUCAUCCACGCUAGGGGCUUGGUGCGGGAAUGUUUGGCAGAAACAGAGCGUAAUGCAAGAUCCUAGCUCUGCCAUAUCCAACCUUUCUGAAGCCAACGGCUAUUUCUUUCUGGAUUUGUGAAAACGCCAGAUCGAUCUUUCUGCAUACCAGAUGGGUUCUUCAGAUGCAUUUUGAAUAAUUUUUUUGUUCAAAGGCUGCUGAACACAAGAUACGAUUUUUACAUAUAAACAGAAUUUUCAUUGAAAAGAGUUAUAAGUUAUUACUGGCUCUUUUUUUUUUUUAAGCGAGUGCAUGGGUCCUGCUACAUUGCUUAUGAGUUACAAUAUAUUUAUGUUUUAUUCCUGUACAUUAACACAAGCCGAGUCCUAUCAAUUUAAAUCCAUUCAGUUUGUAUUUUCAGGACAAUGCAUGACUUCUUUUGCCUUUAGAUUUGUGUUUGAUAUCAUCUACUACAUUGACUGUAAUCCUUCGUAGUUCUUGUCUUAUUGUCAUUUAAAAAGACAUAUUUGCAGCUCCAUUUUUGAGAACAUUUUUUCCAAGUCACUGAUGCCACUUUUCUGGGACAAGAUUCUCUGAUAUAUGGAAUCUGCAAAAUCUGCCCAAAAGUGCCCAAACAGUAGACUAGUAAGUGUUUAUUUUUGAUUAGAGAUUAAGAAAAAUAUUGAAAGGGAUUGUAUUACUGGCCUAUGCACUUGCAUGUUCGUAAACAUAUUUGCUAACCACUCAACAUGCAUGAUUUAUUUAAAGGAAAAAUGAGAAAAUGUACUUUUCUACAGGUGGAUCUAGGGAUCUGCCAUAACUGCAAUUAAUAUACACAUAAAGGCUGUGUUGGGAAAAUAACUAACAAUUUGCAUCUUUGUAUGUAUUUAUUACUUAAUGUAAUAAAGCUUAUUUUCACAAAAAAAAAAA